CAGUAACCUGCCAGGCUGCAAUGGGCAGUAUGUCAGACUGCUUAGUUCCUGGAACAAAGGUUGCUCAAGGAAAUGUAAAUAUUAAUUUAUUGCCUUGAGGAAGUUUGUCAUGUGCAUUAUAACCCCAUAGCGGGGGAGGGAAGAGCAAACCUCUGCUUGAAAUGGUAAUUAUUUGUACUGCAGAAGCCACACUGCUGCCCCUCUGCAAGUGCCAGCACUGUUUGCUGAAUUCCCUAAGUGGAUAAAUGGAGCUUAAAUAGCACAGCAAGAAGGGAGGGAUGGGAACCAGUCACAAUGGAAUAUGAGUUAGAUGUACAGGCUAUGAUACACCUUGUUGAGGUUCUCCAGAGCAGAGCAAUGUCUACUGGACAGUGGGAGAGCAGGCUGCAGUUGUGGUCAGCUAAGUGAUGCUCAGCUGCUGUGUGAUUUCCAUGCAGGAAAUGGGGAAGGAAAAGCCAAGGAGUCUCUGUGCCAGCUAACCUUUGAGAGGGAAGCUAGGGUGCCCAGAGGGCACAGCAGCAUCACAUGGGUGCUGUCCUUGGGCUCACUGGGUCUGCCCCCUUCUCACUGCAGCCUUGGGAAGCCCUUUCUCCUGAGAGCUGGAGUGGGGACUGCUCCUGAGGAGGGUCACCAGGGUCUCAGUUGGAUACCUUCACCCAGCUCACAUGCAGAGGAGCCAGGAAGACACUCUGGGAGCAGGAGUUGCCACAUACGCUGGCAUUUUGCCUGCUCACAAACAGCAGCCAACAGGUUCCUCACAGCCAGCGUGUAUGGGCUGAGAGGUUGGAUGUGCUGGGGCGCUGCUGGCACAGACACGUUCAUUUUUUCUCUGCUGUAAUUGGGUCUUUCCUCCCAUUUACCAGAAAGGGAACAACCUCCCUUAUCUCCCCUGCUCACCUGGCCAGCGGUCAGAGUCUGCUGUAAGCUCUGUCACAGGAGAAGAGAGAUCUGCGCUCAGGAGGGGCUGUGAAGAAGACCAGUUUCCAGCUACUUCUGCCACUGCAGUUUCUGUGGAGGUCCUGUAUUGCUCAGUCUUCCUGGGCCUACCUCUUCUCUCCCAAGAUGCUGAGAAGAGUCCUGUGCACAGUGCUGUUCGUGGGAGCCUUGCCAUCACUGGCUGAAGCAUCCCAGGGCCACAUCUCAGUGGUCUUGCUGGGAGCCACGGGUGAUUUGGCCAAGAAGUAUUUAUGGCAGGGUCUAUUCCAACUCUACCUGGACCAAGUGAGCAGCGGCCACAGCUUCACCUUCCAUGGGGCUGCACUGAAGGCUCUGGAGCCAGGGCAGAGGUUGAUGUUUGAUGUGCUGAAGAAGCUGUCCUGUCCCCCAGAUGAGCCUCCCAACAGAUGUGCUGUGCUCAAGGACCAGUUCCUUAAACUAAGCCAAUACCACCAGCUGAAGACUGCCGAGAACUACACUAUGCUGAACAGAGAGAUUGAGACGCUGCUUCGCCAGGAGGGGCUGAAGGAGGCUGGGAGGAUCUUCUACUUCUCAGUACCCCCAUUUGCCUACACAGAGAUUGCCCGGCACAUCAACAGCAGCUGCAGGCCCCCUCCAGGAGCCUGGUUGCGUGUGGUGCUGGAGAAACCUUUUGGCCAUGACCUGCAGUCAGCCCAGCAGCUGGCUACAGAGCUGACGAGCUUCUUCAGGGAAGAGGAGAUGUACCGGGUGGACCACUACCUUGGCAAACAGGCUGUGGCCCAUAUCCUGCCUUUUCGAGAUCAGAACCGACACUUUCUGGAUCCAAUUUGGAACCGACACCAUGUGGAAAGAGUGGAGGUUGUCUUGAAAGAGACUGUGGAUGCUAAAGGCCGCACCAGCUUCUAUGAGCAGUACGGAGUCAUCCGGGACGUGCUGCAGAACCACCUCACCGAAGCCCUGAUGUUCCUGACCAUGGAGCUCCCAGUUAACGUGAGCAGGGCUGAAGAGGUUCUGCAGUGCAAGCUGCAGGCCUUCCAGUCCUUGUGGGGCCUGGAGAAGAGCAGUGCUGUGUUGGGUCAGUAUCAGGCUUAUGCCAGCCAAGUACAGGAGGAGCUGCAGAAGGCACAAGACUACAUCAGCACCACACCAACCUUUGCAGGUGUGCUGGUUCACAGCGGCAGCCUGCGUUGGGAAGGGGUCCCCUUCCUCCUCACUUCUGGGAAAGCUCUGGAUGAACGGGUGGGUUAUGUCCGUGUUCUCUUCAAGAACCGGGCCUACUGCACCCAGAGCGAGGCCCUGCGGGAUGCAGGGCACAGCCAGUGUAAAGCCAAGCAGAUCAUCUUCUACAUUGGGCAUGGUGCCCUCAGCACCCCUGCAGUGCUGGUGAGCAGGAACCUCUUCAGGCCCAUCAUGCCAGAAGGCAUCUGGAGAGAAGAAGUGGGUCAGUCGGACCUGCGCAUCUUUGGACAGCCGUUGUCUGAUUACUAUGUGUAUGUCCCUGUGAAAGAGAGAGAUGCGUAUUCUGUCCUCAUCUCCAACAUCUACCAUGGCAGGAAGGACUUCUUCAUUACCACUGAGAACCUGCUGGCCUCCUGGGCAUUCUGGACACCGCUGCUGAACAGCAUCUCCAACCAGCCCCUGCGCCUCUACCCGGGGGGUGUGGAGAACCAGCACCUCUUAGACUUUGAAAUGGUGAGUGGGGAAGUGGCAUUCACCGUGGCAGAGCCACUGGAACUGCUGAACCCCGAGAGGAUGAUGCCAAGUGAUUUCAGGACCAUCCAGUCCAAGUUCCGGCAAAGCCCCCUGGUCUCAGCGUGGUCUGAGGACCUGAUUUCCCAGCUGGCUUCUGACAUGGAGGAGGCAGCAGGCAGGGCUGUGGAACGCUCUGGGCAGUUCCACCUGGCCCUCUCGGGUGGCUCAAGCCCAGUGGUCCUAUUCCAGCGGCUGGCCAGGCACCAUUAUGCCUUCCCAUGGAAGCACACCCACAUCUGGCUGGUGGAUGAACGCUGCGUCCCCCUCACUGACACUGAGUCCAACUUCUUCAGCUUGCACAACCACCUCCUCCAGAGCGUCAGGGUGCCCUACUUCAACGUCCACCCCAUGCCUGUGCACCUGAACCAGCGUCUCUGUGUGGAAGAGGACAGGGGCACGGAGCUGUAUGCCAAGGAGAUCAUGGCCCUGGUGGCCAAUGCCAGCUUUGACCUGGUGCUGCUGGGGGUGGGCACUGAUGGGCACACUGCCUCGCUCUUCCCCCACUCUGAAGGUGGUUUGGAAGGGGCUCAGACUGUGGUGCUGACUGAAAGCCCUGUCAAACCUCACCAGAGGAUGAGCCUGAGCCUGCCCCUCAUCAACAAGGCCAGGCAGGUGUUUGUGCUGGUUUUGGGGAAGGGUAAGCACGACAUCACCACCCUGCUCAGCAGAGUAGGCCAUGAGCCCAGGAAAUGGCCCGCCUCGGGUGUCAGCCCCAGCUCCGGCCAGCUCGUGUGGUAUGUGGAUUAUGAAGCUCUGCUGGGGUGAUGCCUUCACAGUGUCCCUCCUCCCUUGUCUGCGUGGAUUUUCCUAUACAAUGUCCAUGUUUUCCUGUUACCAGCAGCAGCCUCAUCACUGAAGGACUCCUCUAAUGCAGUGCCUUUGACAUCUGAGCCUGGAAAGGAGCUCGGCUCAGUGUUUAGAGCUAAGUAGGAGCCAGGAGCCCAAGGCAGCAUUUCUGGCUCUCCUAGGGGUUCUGACUGUGACUUUGGACAGAUUACCUCACCUUCAAGUGCCUCAGUUUUCCCUGUCAGGCCUUUGUGGUCAUUAGCAUCAUUUAACUACCUCACGGGCACUACAGGAGACUUGUUAAACUAAGUACCUGCCAAAUGUUAUGGUUAGUGUUUUAAUUCUCAGGCUAGAAGACAGUGAUAACAUGUUUAUCCCUUACCCUGGUCACUCUGGCCAGGACAGUGUCAUUGUCUCAGUAAAAUGAUGGUUCUGUG